AUGACAAACAAGUUUUCUGAAGAAAUGGCUGCAAACACUCCCAUUAAGGUAGGCACGCGAGGCACUGUUGGAUCGCUUGUCAUGAAGGAAAUUGAGUACUUCAGCAGGCUCCAGUUAGACCUUAAGCCUCGGGGGCAAAUUAUGGACAUGGCUUCUAGCAGUGGGAAUUUCUGGCCUAGCUUCGGAUUCUUGUCAAUGACAUGGAGAAGAAAGAAGAGAAGAAGCGGCAGGUUCCUGCAGAACAUCUGCUCCGCGGUUGAAGUUGCAGACAGCCAUCGGCUGAAUGGGGUUCGAGGGUUCAAUUACAUGAACCUCAAAGCUGACGUGAAGAAAUUUGAGGUUUAG